UCAUUAUUUGACAGAAGUAUUUCCAAAACGAAAUCAUUCUGGUUUUCUUUUGAUAAACAGUUCUUUUUUCGAAAACGUAAAUAGAAUGGUGGGCGCGAUGCCUGUUAAUUUAAUACCAAAAUUUUGUAACGGUGCCAUGGACAGUCACAACGGUGGCGAGGAUUGCGAGCACCCAGUGUUUAUAGGUAGUCGGGUGAAAUGUAACGAUGAUUUUGCUACCGUAAAGUACAUCGGUGAAGUGCAAGGCUACAAAGGGAUAUGGUAUGGUGUAGAGUGGGACAACGCUGAACGCGGAAAACACGACGGUUUUGUUGACGAUGUACAAUAUUUUAAAACUACCAAGCCUAAUGCUGGGUCGUUUAUUCGUCCAAAUAAAAUUGCUCAACAUAAAACCUGUGCGGAGGCGAUCAGGAGGUACUACGGUGAUCGCGAGGAUGAAACAGUCGCAGCUCACCGCAGAACGGUAAUUAAUGAGUGGAAGAGAGAAAUGGGAGCCCCCUUCAUUGAAAUGGUUGGCUUUGAAAAGAUUCACCAGAAACAAAAAUUCGAUCGUCUUUUAGAAGUGUGUGUACAUGAUCAGAACGUAUCUAAAGCUGGUAACGUAGCAGCGUUAUGUCCUAACGUCCGGAGCUUGGAUGUAUCUCAGAACUUGUUCUCGAACUGGAGGGAGAUAAUACAGCUGUCCUCUCAGCUACCGGACUUGAGAGAGCUGGAUUUGAGCAAAAACCGCAUGGCAAUAGAUAUGCCCGAGGAAACAUUAUCUCAGCUUUCAAUAAACUUCAGUGCGUUGGAGAAACUCAAUAUAUCGGUUUGUGAUUACGAAUGGACGGACAUCCUCGCCUUAUCACAUCUAUGGCCGAAGAUAAAUGAACUAAUUGCAGCUUACAACAGGAUAAAGAAAAUAAAUCAACCCGAUGUAACUUUACAAACUUUGUCUGUGCUACGUUUGGACGGUAAUCCAAUUGAUUCUUGGUCAGAGAUUAUGAAGCUUGGUCGUUUGAAGAGUUUGAAAAUUUUAAGUCUGAACGACUGUAACAUUGGAGCGAUCAAGUUUAACGAUGAACCUGGCUAUGGGAAAGUUGAUGUUUUUGAAAAUUUGGAAGUAUUGUUUUUGAACAGAAAUAAUAUUAAUGAUUGGCGAUCCCUCAGCGAAUUAGAUAAAUUGAAGUCUCUGAAAAAAUUAUACUUCCUAAAGAACCCCGUGCAGAACAAUGAAGACUAUGACACCGGCUCACAGAUGAUUGUUGCUAAAAUUGGUAACUUGCAGGAAAUAAAUGGCUCCCUAAUUACACGAGAACUGAGACGUGGUGCUGAGUAUGACUAUAUGAAAAGGUACGGCGCUGAAUGGAAGUUAGUCCAGAACGACCCACAGAAGAAAGCUGCUUUUGAUAUUGAACAUUGUCGUUUUCAAGAACUCAUCUCUAAAUAUGGCAUACCCGAUGACAGCUUACUAGUCAAACAGCCUAAAACAACGACUCUCACGUCACAACUAUUAGAAAUAACGCUUUGCAAUGAAAACGGUAAAGUUCUUAAAAAGAAGUUCCCGGCAAGUAUGGCUGUACAAAAACUGGUAACAAUGGCGCAGAGACUUUUUUCGAAGGGAAAUACUGGUUCACCGACACUAUAUCUACUGGACGAUCAAAUGCAAGGGGCUGAAAUCACAUUGGAUAAUGUCAUGAAAGAUUUAGCCUAUUUUUCAGUUAAAAAUGGCGACACAAUCCUAAUUAGAUUCAGAUAGAGAGCAUUUUUCAAAAUGGCAACCCGAAUUAAGCCUGCAAAGUUAUAAUUGGCGCAAAAUUAUAUUCUAUCAAUGUAUUAUUUAAAGAGUUUAGCUUUGUAAAUAUCCAUGAGAAAUUGUACCUGUAUUUAUUGCGAAUUUUAUUUUUCACAAAAUAAAUGUUCACUAUGUAUUUUCUA